UCUUCGGCUGCUCGGCCGCUCUCGGCUAUUUUCGUUGUUGCUGGCUUUUUCAGGGGCUGCUCGCUCGCAGCCAGAGAAGCUGCUUUUUUUUCCGGGUUCGGAGCCGUUCCGGAUGCUUUAGGCUGCCGGAUGUCUGAUCUCCGAAUAACUGAGGCGUUUCUGUACAUGGAUUAUCUGUGUUUUAGAGCACUUUGCUGCAAGGGACCACCACCUGCACGACCUGAGUAUGACCUGGUUUGCAUAGGCCUCACAGGUUCUGGCAAGACCAGUCUGUUGUCAAAGCUCUGCAGUGAAAGUCCCGAGAACGUCGUGUCGACCACAGGUUUCAGUAUAAAAGCAGUGCCCUUCCAGAAUGCCAUCUUGAAUGUAAAGGAACUUGGAGGGGCUGAUAAUAUCCGGAAAUAUUGGAGCCGCUACUACCAAGGAUCUCAAGGGGUAAUAUUUGUAUUAGACAGUGCCUCUUCAGAAGAUGAUUUAGAAACUGCUAGGAAUGAACUGCACUCAGCUCUCCAGCACCCACAGUUAUGCACUUUACCCUUUUUAAUAUUGGCCAAUCAUCAAGACAAGCCAGCUGCUCGAUCAGUCCAAGAGGUCAAAAAAUAUUUUGAACUUGAACCACUUGCACGUGGAAAACGCUGGAUUCUGCAGCCCUGCUCUCUGGAUGACAUGGAUGCACUGAAAGACAGCUUCUCUCAGCUGAUAAAUUUGUUAGAAGAAAAAGACCAUGAAGCUGUAAGAAUGUGAAAUCUGGCAAAGAACACAGGUUCCCAAAGGCCUUGAACCUAUCGUGUCCAUCCUUAAGAAUGGCAGUGCUCUGUAAAAGAGAAAGAGAGUGAGAAAGAAAAAUAAAAAAGAUGGAUGGAAGAAGAGAGAGAAAGAAAAAGAAAAAAAAAAGUACAUGAUAGAAGAGGAAAAAUUCAAACCCCGGCUCUCGUUUGGUCCCCAGUGCAUUAUCCCAACACAUCCUUUGACUACCCACAACACUUCACUUCUCAGCUGGGAUUCAACCUGGCAUUCCUAGUUCCGUUUGCAAGGUAGGCGAUUAGUGGUUAUCAAGUUCCGAAGCAUCUCAGACCUAUCCAAGCAAAUGUGGACAGAACUGUAAAAUUUUGAAGCAAAUGGGUUUUCUUAAUGUCCAGAUGGGAUAUUCAGACUCGAGUGGAAAUCUCAUAGAUUCAUGCCUGGCUUCAUCCUCUUUAUAAUUUUAGAGUGCAUUUUCAUUAACCUUCUGACCUACUGGUGCAAACAGAAAGGAAAAAGUAUGUGGAGGGGGACGGGGAAGUGGGAGUUGCCCUUUGGGAGCCCUCAUUUUCAUUGAGUUUGGGAGGGAGGAUCUGUCUUUGUUAUGCAGAAACUUCAGGAGAAUAUAGAUUCCCUGCCUCUCUUUUCCCCUACCCUAGGUUCUGGAGAUCUGAAGUCCGUGCUGUGAAAUGCAUUAUCACAUCAUGUUGGGAAUUUCUGGCUCCCAAGGGUUCACAACUUUUGGCCCCCUCUGAGUCAGCAUGAUUAAAUGAUUUGCAUCUCGGGGCUAAAUGUUUUCCAACUCAGAUGCACCGAGUGACUGAUGAGCCGGCACCCUACGCCACCCCACCCCCUUGCUCUGAUUUAGGAACAUGAAAAGGAGCCCGUGUAAUUCCCAGAAGCCUCAGAUGAGAUACCCGUUUCUCCUCCCCUUUCCCAUUCUCUUUAAAUUAAAACCUAAAUGAGAAACCUAUGGUUUCAUCCAAGCUGGAAAUUCUGACUUCUCAUCCUGGGGGGUCAUCUGUUUGUGACAAACUCUUCAUAAAGUGACUUUCUGUGAAACCAAAGAAGUUAAAAGUCACUAAGAAGAAUCUCUCCGGCAUAUGCCUUGGCUAGCAUCCUUCUUUAAUUACAACAAGGUGAAGUAAAAAGUCCGUGAUUUUUCUUUCCGAUUUUCUGUAUAUCCCCAUGUUGCCUUCCAUCUCUGCUUUCUUGGCAUGCUCUGCUCGCCAGAUGCUGGUUUGGAAAAGCCACCUAUGCUGUUCUUGGGCUUCUUGCCCCCACCCUUUCGUGUUCCCCUCAGGUCCUCAGAUCAGAUGGGAGUUGCCAUGGGACACUAUGAAUAAUACUUUUUAUAAGGAAAUACUUCAACCUUUGUGGUUUAAAGCAGCCUCGCUUACCAUAAAUAGUGUUGUGAGGUCACUGGUGCCCUGUUCGGAGAAUAAGGAAAGGGACUCCUCAGUUUUGUGCCUUGCUAGGUUCAGCCUGGCUUGUGACCCGUUGCGACUCCGGACACCUCACUGCUCUAGCAGACGUUUCUAGGGACCAACCUGGGAACGGCCAUCAAAUAGCACUUAAAGGAUCUUCCGGCAAACUACGAAGAAUGAUUCAUUCUUUUUUCCCCUUUUCUUAUUCGACAAUCUCUCCCUCUAAUUCUGAUGCCCUCAAAAUAUUCCACACACAUGUUUCAGCCCAGUUCGUUCUAGGGGCAACCCUCCAACCAUGGAGGUCCUUUGGCAGUGUUGUCCCCAGAGAGGAAAGCCUGGCUCGAGUGCAUGAGAACAGCGCGCACACUGGCAGUGAAAAUAAGCCUUUUAAUAAGCAUCGCGGUCCCCAGUGUCCCUUAUUUCCCUAUUUCCUCGUGGGCUAUUCCUCGUGGGAGGUGGGCAAGUUGGUCGUUUCAAACAAGCCUCAGAUUCCUUACAUCCCAGGCAACCCUUCCUUGUAGGUGUGAAAUUCGGCCUAAAAUGCCACAACCUCCUCUGACAAGUGAUUCAUUGAGACAAAGGCUGGAGCUCCAGCAUCAAACAGAUGUCAGACAAAACACCAAAUGCCUAUAAAUGAUUGCUCUGCAGGCAAUGGAAUGGCUGGAAGGCCUGGCCUGAUGAUGCACUCCAUGUCUGGACAAGCUUGCAGAAGACACAGCGGUGGGGAGGGGGCAGGGGAGCUGUGUGUAAAUGGAGUCUGUGAAGAAGGCUGUUUCUGGAGACAGAAGUGAAACUACUACGAGUCUCACCUAAGAGGCUCAUGUAGACAAGAAUGAUUUCUGGCUGGUUUGUGCAUAAUAGAUGUAAAGGUCAAUUAGAAAAAUGCAUGUCAAGGGCACCCUGCAGGCCAGACUGGUAUGAUACGAUGUUAAAUCAUUAGACAUAUAAAUAUCAGAGUAAAUUAAAAAUGAGAACAUUUGGUUGGAACGGAAACUGCUCAGCGAAAGGCAGAGACAGGAAUGCAAACAGUGAGUCUGGCUGUCAUUCUCUAUAAUCUGGAGCAAGUCAGUCUCGGCUCUGGCCUUCUCCACUUGUUUUACAACUUUCUAGACACGGGGUGGAUCAACCCAACGCUUUUAUUAAGCAGCUUCAACAGGAUUCUUUCAGACGACAGCUUGUCAAGAGUCAACCACUGUCCCUUUUACAGGUUUUAUGUCACAGUUGGAACUUUUGGUUUCAAUAAAUUUAAGGGGUUCGAUGAAACCCCCUGGUAUGUUUUCGUUGAACACCUACUCUGUACCAGGCAUCAUAUUAGAUUCUUGGGAUACAGCAGUAAACAGGACAGACUUGGUCUCUGCCUUUGUAGGGCUUUAAUUCCUAGAACAUUGGUUAAGUUGGGUUAUUUCUAUGACCCUAGAGAAUUUUUGUAUUUGGGGGGGCUUUGGUAAUGUUAACAUUGCAAUGUGAAUCUCUAGAUUUUUAAAUGUCUUUUCUUGGUCCUAAUUCUUGGUUUUCAGCCCUCCUAAUUUAAAAGGGUCUUUGAAUGUGUUUAGUCUCUUUUGAGACCAUUAAUAAAACUAGAAAUCUAAAACACAACAGAAAAGUCUUUGCCUCUUUUUAGCAUCUGUCUCAGUAGAAUUCUGUAGAAAUAGCCCCUUUUAUUCGGGGUGGGGGGGGUUGUGGGUUGUUUGUUUGUUUGUUUGUUUUUCGCUUUUACUGCGGCAACAACAAAGCAUGUGUCUAGCACACAAAAGUGCUUCCAAAGUGCAAAACCAGACUCUGUCACCGUACUGUUCUUUUCAUCUCCUCUACAUCCAAAGGGCUUUUCCUUCUUCUCUGGAAAUAGCCUGGUCUCAUCAUUCUGUCUGUUGAUCUGACAAAUGAUCUGUAUUUGAAAUGUUGAAUUUUAAAUCUCUAAGGGCAAACUUCUAAUGCUGUGGGAGUCUCUUGUGUUUUUUUUCCCCCACCAAAUAGUGAAAGCUGCUGCGUAAAAAAGCAUGCCACAAUUCACAUGCCCAGACAGAGGCAGUAACCUGUGAGCUAUAUAACCCCCUGGCUUUUUUAACUAGUCAGCUGUGAGUUUCAACUGGAUUUCAGGAGGCUGCUUUAUUUUCCCCUCACUGAAGACUGGGAACCCGGAGAGACCCCUUUAAACCCGUUAUUUAUUCCAGGACAGGACUUGGGCAUAGUAGAUCUUUUAGCAAGAGUUAAUACAUUUUAGAUUUUAGAACAGUCCUGCAAAAUUCAUACCAACACCAUUCUCAUUUCCUGAACACUUAAAGCCUCUACUGUUCCCUCCUCACCAGCCCUGAGCCCCACCAUAGAUUUGCCUUCAGAGAACUGCAACACAUCCCCCUACAGCUUAGUGGCCUGGGUUCCAGGUAGGAUCACAAAAUAAACUGAAACAAACCCUAUUCCUUCCAUUCUGUUUGUUAAUUUCAAAUCACCCCAAAUUUUUAGGUGAACUAGCAGGAUCCAAUCAAGUCACAUAAUACCAGAGAUUAACUGCGUGGUUUAAUUUAUACUUUGCAGUUCUUCCCCUAAUGAAAUCGUGGAUCUGGACAAUGAUCAUCAGCAUCUACUAACAUCCCAAAGAAGGAAACAACCAGGCGUUAUAUGCUUCCUGACUAAAGUAUACAAUCACCUACGAGGUGCUCUUGCCAAAAAAAAAAAAAAAAUUGAACCUGAGUCUGAUCAAGCCUCUAGAUCUAAGUACUAAUUUGCAGAAAACUCAGGAACAGAGAUGUAUGUUAAACAACAUGCAGAGUUGCAGUAAUUAAAAUCCAGAUUGUUGUGGGUCACCUGGGUGGCUC